AUGGCUGAUAGCGGCAAACUUCUCGAGGCUCCCGUCCAUGCGCGGGUGGCCCCCGUGACAACGCCUGCGCCGUCGACAUCAAAGGUGCACUAUCCGUUUUGGUUUGGAGGUUCAGCCUCAUGCUUUGCGGCCGGCGUGACGCACCCGUUAGACUUGGUCAAGGUCCGGUUACAAACACGCGCUCCCGAUGCCCCCAAGACCAUGGUUGGCACUUUUGGACAUAUCAUCAGAAAUAAUGGGCUCUUCGGCCUGUACAAUGGUCUCUCUGCCGCCCUCCUGCGCCAAAUGACCUACUCUACAACACGAUUCGGAAUCUACGAAGAAUUAAAAUCCCGUGUCGCCACAUCCUCCCCGAAUUCCUCGCCGAGCAUCCUCACCCUCCUCGGCAUCUCAUGUACCUCCGGCUUCAUCGGCGGUGUUGUCGGCAACCCGGCCGACGUGCUGAACGUGCGCAUGCAGCACGAUGCCUCUCUUCCUCCGGCCCAGCGCCGAAACUACCGCCACGCCUUCCAUGGCUUGAUCGAGAUGACCCGGACUGAAGGAUUCGGCUCGUUGUUCCGUGGCGUGUGGCCAAACUCUACCCGCGCGGUCCUCAUGACAGCAUCCCAAUUGGCUUCCUACGACACUUUCAAGAAAAUGUGCAUGGAGCAGGCUGGUAUGGGCGAUCACCUGGGCACUCACUUCACCGCCUCGUUCAUGGCUGGUUUCGUCGCAACCACUGUCUGCAGUCCCGUCGACGUGAUCAAGACCCGUGUUAUGACCGCCUCUCACGCCGAUGGCCGUGGUCAGAGCAUUGUCCACCUGCUGCGCGAUAUCUGCCGCAAGGAAGGCCUGGCUUGGACUUUCCGCGGCUGGGUUCCCAGUUUUAUUCGUCUGGGCCCUCACACUAUUGCCACAUUCCUAUUCCUUGAGGAGCACAAGAAGCUAUACCGCAAGUUGAAGGGCAUUUAG